CUCGUGGUUCUGCUGUUUACAACAGGAGUUGGACGAAUCGUCCACAAAAGCAGGACCAGAGUUUGCACAAUACAUGGAGUCGUACUCAAAGAUUGAUUUUACUUGAAACUUUUGGAGCAUUAUGAAAGUAACCCGUUGGUAUAGGUUUGGCGAGGCGUGACGAUGAGUCAAGUGGCAUGGUUAACUCACGCCACUUGACAAGUGAACUCUUGGUUGCCUUAAGAAAUUCCGGUAUCAUUCUCCGGACUUUCGUAACUGCCUGUACCUCGGGCUCCAGUUAAAAGAGCUGAACUCCCGGCCCAUUCAGAGCAAGCGGGACUGUCGAGUAGAGAGAGACAGGUUAUAUAGAUAGAUAUAGAGUGAUAGAGGCAGAGAGGGCGAGAGAAGGGAAGAGCGAGUGAGAGAGAUACAGACACACACACACACACACACACACACACACACACACACACACACUCACACACUCUCAGAUACACACACACCUCUAUCCGAUUAGUGAGAGUGGCCGGAGAUGUGAGAGCUGAUCGAACUGUGGCUGGAAAGGUGACUGAGAGCUCGACACAGUUGGCCGGAGAGGUGACCGGACAGCGCUCGGAGUGGCCGGAGAGGUGACCGGACAGCGCUCGGAGUGGCCGGAGAGGUGACCGGACAGCGCUCGGAGUGGCCGGAGAGGUGACCAGACACUGGCCAGGUCUUUGCUGGAGCCGGUGCACGAUGCCCGGUGGAGAGAGGUCCGAGCAUUUCGUUUGGAUUCCGGGAGCAAGGAUGGCUGAUUCAUGGACUGAAGCGAGGAUGUCAUCGGCCCAGGCUUCCGGAGCCUGGCACAGGUCAAACUCCGCCUGGGACAGGAGCAGGGCAUCAGCCACAGUCGACCUGGACGAGAUCACGGCUGCCUUGGUCCUCAGCAGCCUCUCCUGCAGUCCACGGGUUAACCUUUCGUACCCCGCACCAGAACCAGUGGUGGGAGACUCCAGGAAGAGAUUGGGAAGUGGGAACAGCAGCGACUGUGGGACUGGUGACUCCUCUUCCCCGUCACCCCCUCCGCUCAGCAAGCCCAUCACCACCGCCCCCCGACGGGACGGGGUUAAUCUGCGUGACCCGCGACCUCCGUCGCCCGAGGAGUCGGAGCCUCGCAAGUGUAGAGGACGGACUGCUGGCCGGACACAGAGUGGGAACUCGGUGAAGCCAUCGUAUCGCUGUAUGUGGCCUUGCUGUGACAAAAGUCUCUCAUCGACUGUGGGAAUACGGAGACACAUACGGACCAUCCACCUCUGCCAUGGUGACUCUGAGCACAGCAAUGGGGAGGAAGACUUCUACUACACUGAGAUUCAGGCAGGAGCGGAACGGUGCUCAGAGAGUCCAGGAGUUCCUCGCUGUGCAUCGUCAUUCCCUGGUCCACGGUUCACCGAGGCAGUCGGACCGCAGCAACUCAGUGCACCAGAUGUCGCAGCCCCCACCACACCCACUUUGAGCCGGUCUGCGCCCAGCUGCCUGAGGCAGGUCUGUGUGGACCACACAUUCCAGGUUUCUCCGGAGUCCAGCUGCAGCUUCACACUUGUAAAUUUGUCUAGUCCGCCACAGGUGGCUCUGCUCAAACCACGCAUCGUAUUUGCGUCCACGCCAGCAAUACUCCAUGGAGGAAAGAAGGUGCGCGGUGAAGCAAAGAAAUGCCGAAAAGUCUACGGUGUGGAGAACCGUAGCCAGUGGUGCACGGCCUGCAGGUGGAAGAAGGCUUGCCAGCGCUUCCAUGACUGAACGCUGUUGACUGACCACCUCCCCAGGAUCGCUGUCUUCUCCCCUGUGGGCCAGCUUGGUGGGUUGCUGAUGCCGGGUCGAGGGGUGGUGGCAACCUCUGGUUCUCCAGGGCUGGACGUCUGCAAUAGGCGGGAGAUCAGUAGGGCCAUGUGCUUGGGCCUGUCCCUCCUGUUCCCCUGUCCCAGAGAUCUAGUGUUCCAAAUCCUAUGCAAGCAGGCUGCUUAUGGUGUGGGUGUGUGUCUGUAUGUGUGUACAGUUUGUGUAUAUGUACCAUGUGUGAGUGAGUGUGUACCGUGAGUGCACGUGUGUGCGCGCGUGACUCCCUUUGCUCAUGGUGUAGCACUGUUUCGGAGUACGUGUGUGUGUGUGUAUGUGUGUGCACGGCUCACUGUCUCUGCUGUGACACACUCCCUCCCUCUGAAGCUUUGCCACUGCCCGAUCCUUCAGCCACACCCGCACUAGCAGUGCAGCCAGCGGUGUACUUGUUCAGUUCCUGUAGGUGGGCCAGGGGACGGAAGGGAGGUCCACACCACCGUCUGGUCUGGAACUGUGCUAACCGGUUGGUCAUUCAUACGUGAUCGUUGGUGUACUUGGUUCCGAACUGGGCUUUGUUUUGUCUUGUACAAUGGGGUGCUCUGCAGACUGAUCUUGGCACUGCUGAGCCAGGGUCAGUAAAGUGCACAGGCAAACAGCUGGGCUGUGUGCAAGCAUUCCUCUCUUCAGUCUUUGCUCAACUGUCCUGUCAUUAGAUCCUGACAAUCUUAUUUUGUAUAUUUAACAAUCUUUGUGAUUUAAAAUAAAAAAUUAAGAUGGUGA